AUGUCAGACACGACCUUGCUCACAUUCAACGCCUUCACCUGCUCAAAGGGGCUCUCCAAAUCAAGCAAACUGACGAAAAUAUCACCACCUUCUUCGCGAAUCUCGAAGCAGCCAUUCCUAGGCUUCUCAGGGUUGAUCACGAUGUUGACCCCAGAAACCGCUUUCUCCAGAGCUUUCUUGACCUGGGCCGCCUUGUUCUUGAACAAGCCGCUCGCCACGCAGUGCUCAAUGAUCAACGUCUUUGCGCCGGAGGAUGGGCCGUCGGCGGCGGUCUUGGGUUUCUUUGUCCUGCGGGGCUCCGGGUCGGAGAAGGCGGCGUUCACGGUGGGGGCGUCGCCGAGAACGGCGCCGCUGCGGGUGGACCUGGAGACAGUGCGGGCGGCGCUGCGGGUGAUUCUGGUGAGGUUGGAGGGCUCGCCGGCGUCGCUUCCGAAGAGUGAUUUACUGAAGCUUGAAUGCGAGAAGGCUAAAACAAGGUUUUCUCGCUGCCGAUUGGGGACGACAAUCUUUGGUCGUCCAGUGCCUGUGUUCCCGCGCGUUUCGGCGGUCGGGAUUUGGGCACGUGGCCCCACCUCUGGAAGCGAGAACGUCGAACCAGGAACUGUAAUCAUGAAGUUGAUACUCUUUAUACCUAUACAGAAAAAGAAUUACCGUCUUAAGUCGAAGUGA